AUGGUCACGCACUGGAGGACAGAAUCCAUCAUGGACAACCCCUUGACAAGGCCGAGUGCCCAGAGCCUGCAAAGGCCACAAGUCUUUGUCAAAGUCGAGUUCGGCGUGUCGUGGUCUCCUCAGCACGCUCCCCGACCUCGUGGCUUCCAAUACAGAUCACGCGCGCUCCGAGAGAGAGCCCCCUAUUUUCCACGGCACGUACCGGCGCCGACGACUAACUAUCUUGCCGCCGCGUCAAUGCAACAAUUCCAACAGGCUCAAGUCCCUCAAUUCUACGACCAAAGGUCAACAGAGCCAUCACGACCACGCCAGAGGCCACCACGUCCUGAACAGGCACGCCAGCAAGGCCAACCGCAGCAGGAACACCUGCGGAGCCGUUCCAGACAGGUUGAUUUUGCCCCGGCGCCGGAAGAUCAUCAGCAGGAUCAACGGGCAUCUCGUGAAGAGAGGAGGGCAUCUUGCGAACGGCACGAGCGAGGACGUUCGGCACCACCACCCCUCAGCGACAACAACUGGGACGUUGUCCAUCCUCAGCUGAUGGCUGACAACCCAGUGGGCUCCUCGAUGGCUUAUGCCACCGCCGAUCGACCAGUUUCGGACGUGUGGAAAGACUUGCCAGAAGUGCCAUCACGAUUUCGGCUUGGAGAAGAAGGGAUGCCCUGGGAGUCGUGGACAUUUCCCAUGGGCUGGGAGCCAUUCAUGGAGCCGGACCCUCUCCUUCAGCCGCCGUCUUCCCAUGCCUCGCCUGAUCCCCAAUAUAGCCAGGCGGUGCCACAUCCUUCAGAGGAGGAACCAACCAGCCCUACGGUCGUCAAGAUCGAGUCGCCCAUCGAGUCACCUCGGUAUCGAAGGGAAGACCCGGAGCGGGUCCGCGAGCUAGAGGCGCUGGGCUCGGCAAUGAUGACGGUGGACAACGGCUUCGAAAAUCAGUGGUGGAACAGUGGGGAGCGACAACCCAUGCCGACCGCCCUUUAUCCUCCGCCGACGACACGCGACCAUGUGCGGGAACAGUUGGCACUAGGCUGGGCCAUGGCACACAUGCCGCCAGAAAGCAGCACUGGAGGGGCGGUCUCCAUCGCCAGCGGGGAGCCCGGCACCGCCACCCUCAACAACGUGGUGGUUUCGCCCGUGUCCAGCUACAGCGGGCCCGAUGUACAGCACGGGCUGACUAGGACGCUGUCUACACGGUCCGACGAGCUGUGGUUCACCGGUGGGAGAUACGCAUAA